GUUUUUUGCACUCUGCUGAUCCCAUAUCACACCACAGAAUUACCAAACCAGCACGAUGGCAAAUAUAUCCACCACCGAAAAGCCGCAGAUGCAGCAAAUUGAUCUCAACACGCUCAAUCUGCAGCAGUUGACUCAGCUGAAGAAUCAACUAGACCAGGAGCUACAAUUUUUCCAAGAGUCGUUGAACAGCAUCAAGAUAGCAAGAUCGAAAUACUCCGCAUCGAAGGAAGCCCUGGAACAGAUCAAAGAGGACUGGAACGAUAAGCAAAUUCUAGUGCCGCUGACCGGGAGCAUGUACGUGCCCGGUACGAUAAAGGAUGCGAAUAAUGUUAUCAUUGAGAUUGGCACCGGCUACUACGUAGAGAAUGAUCUGGAAAGUGCGAAAGCCUUUUUCAAACGACGCGUCGAAUACGUGCAGGAGCAGCUCGAAAAGAUCGAAACGAUCGGUAUGGAAAAGUCCAAAAUACGUGAUACGAUUCGCGAGGUAAUGGAGAAGAAGCUAGUACUGUUCAGCAAAGAGCUACAGAAGUAGCGCGAGGGCGAACAACCAUCGCCAUUGGCGGUCUCAGAUCGAGAA